GAUGUGCGGUUGCCGGCCUUUCAUUGUUAAGAUCGGACUGCUGAUGACAAUAAUUCCUAUCAUAGCUACUAAUAUUAUGGAAGUUAUCCUCUAUGGUAUGAAUUCAACAGUCGAGGAACAUCAGAUAGCCAAAAACAUAAACCUAGUAGCAAACUUCAUUGCACUUCUGGCUUUGACAUUUGGAGUUUAUGGAACGCUUAUGGAUACAAUCUUUAUAGUUAGAGCGCUGAUGUUCGUAAUGAUAACAUUCUGCCUAUUUAAGAUAGUCAUGUGGAUAGUGUGUAAGAAUUUGUCUCCAGAUUUAGCUGCGGACCUCAUCCACGUUUGGUUCCAGCUUAACACGGGCUUAUCGAUAAUAUGUUCUAUUCUGACGGUUAAUUUCUGUAUGUACCUGCACGAGCAAACUCGACAGUUUCAAUUGGGCUAUUAGACAAAAGCCAUGCAAAGUGACGUUGAUAAUCAUAUUUUCACUUUCAUAUAUUGAAUAUACCACAGAUCUAGUUUAUAUUCAGCAUACCUAUAGCUCGGUUCAUUAUUUGUAAUUGUAAUAAUCGAUGCUUGUGCUUAAAUGCCAAUUUUCCUACUUUAAUCUUCACAAACGUCUCCACCCAUGAAAGUGACCUCAAAGUGCUGAUGAAGUUGUUGUUGAUAGCGGCGGGCGUGGCAAUUUGUGGGCUGUGUGGGUAAUCAAAUUACACGCGGAAUUAUGGACACCCGCAGGACGAUAAUAGCAGCCAAUAAAGAUGACAAUGACAAGAUAAGCGCCAACAGGAGCUGAGGCUGUGACCCCGCGGCCGGGGACAUCUGUUGGCUCCAUUUGCGCAGCUUUAAAUGAAGUUUAACGAUGCCCACAAAUAAUGAUACUUUGCAUUUAAAAACACUUUUCCCACUCGGUCAGAAGUCAGAGAGCAGAACUGAGGGGGUCCCCACCGAAGUCCGAUGCUCAUUACACGCAUUUCACUUGACACUUUUAUUGGCGAUGGAAACGCUGUACGGAGUGGGGUGAAAAGCGGAAGAGUGGAAAAGCGGAAAACCGGGUCAUUUUAUGGCCAAGAACGGAUGCCGAUAAGGGCAUUAAAUUUGUUUCAGCCAUAAAGACGCUGGCCACAUCACUCAGCAUUUGGCCAAUUACGCAAAUAAAAGUACACACCCUUCUUGGAUGGGAAAAAAACGGAAAAAAGAAAGCGAAUGAAACGUGUCAAAGUGCUGGAAAAUGCAACAGAAUUCAAGGAUGUGAAGUGGCUCAUUAGAGGUGUGUGCGCUGCCCCGAAGGCUUUGGCCGGGAAAUUGUGUGGAAAAACACUCUCUAAACUGGCACUUUUACACACAGAAAUGCUCAAAGCCUUUAGCUACGAACAAAGCCCUCGUUUUGGUGGAGUCCAAUUUAAAUGCGAACAAAGAUAUGAAUGCCAAAAAAUAAGUAUUUCAUUUCUCUUUUAAUUCCCCCAAAACUGGCAUAAUUAAAGACGAGGCCUGCUGAUCGGCCGCCGGCGUUUCUCAUUGGAUUGCUGGACUGGCAUUUUUGGGGGCCAUAACAGCAUGUCGUCGACGUUGUCGUUGUCGUUGUCCUUGUCGUCCGGGCGCAUGUCCUGCGGCUGAUUAAAAUCUAUUAGAGUCAAAGAGAUGUAAGACACUAAGCAGGCGGUAGAUGCUCUCCAUGCCACCGGGUGGCA